CGCCCGAAAAGGUAUUUAUUAAAAUAAAGCAUAGUAGUUGUGGUCCACCUUGUCUUGGAAUAAGUGGCUUCAAUCGAUUUAGGAACUUUAAGAAUCCUUUGGAGGAUCCAAAAAAUGAGCAAAUGAAAACUUUCAUGGAUUUGAUUAAUUUUUUAAUGCCAAAGUUUGUGUUGAUGGCGAAUGUUGUUGAUCUUUUAAAAUUUACGAGUUUCUUGGGAGAUAUGCUUUAAGCCAGCUUGUAGGGAUGAAUUAUAAGGCACGGAUGGGUAUGCUUGCUGGUGGAGCGUAUGGCCUCCCACAAUUUUGCAUGCGUGUCUUUUUGUGGGGUGCCCUUCAAGGAGAGAAGCUGUCAAAAUUUCCUUUGCCAACCCACAAAGUUGAUAGUAGAGGCAUCAUUUCCAAAGAGUUUGAGUGCAACAAUGCUGAAUAUGAAAACCAUGAUGUCAACCUAAAGGACACACUCUUUCUUGAAGAUGCCAUUUCCGAUCUUCCUAAGGUUGAGAAUACUGAGUUGAAUGAAGACGAUUUUCAACGCGUAUGCCAUGUUCCAAAGAGGAAGGGCGCAAAUUUCAGAGAUUUACUUGGUGUUCGCGUGGUUGGCAAUAAGGUUGAGUUGGAUCCAAAUGUCGAAAGAGUGGCUGAGCCUCAAAAUCAGGCCAUUUGUCACCCUGUCCAAGACCGAGUUCUCACAAUCAGAGAAAACGCGCGGUUACAGGAAUUUCCUGAUUACUACAAGCUUUGUGGCUCCAUCAAAGACAAGUACACACAAGUGGGAAAUGCAGUUGUUGUUCUAGUUGCCAAAGCUUUAGGUUACUCAUUAGCUCUCUCAUUCAAAGGCUUGUCUGAAGCAGCCGCCAUGUUUACAUUGACCGAAGGAUAUGGCGCGAUUCAAGAGCUACCAGCUAAUCAAACCUCUCCUGCCGAAUUUCCAUAAUGAAGUUUUUGAAGGUUAUUAUUGAUUGCGCUAUGGCAUACAGUUUUUAAAAGUAAUUAUUCUUUUCUUCUCUGCAUUUGGACAAGUUAAAAAAACCCAUUGUUGCAGUAAAAUUUAGUUUGUUGU